AUGUCGACCAACGCCAAAGUCAAGCCCGGCCAGCUCUGGGGCAAGUCCAAAGACGACCUGAAGAAACAACUCGACGAGCUCAAGACCGAGCUGGGACAAUUGCGCGUGCAGAAGAUCGCCGGCGGCGCUUCAUCAAAAUUGACAAGAAUACAUGACCUCCGCAAAUCCAUCGCCCGCGUCCUGACCGUCAUCAACGCAAACCAACGCCACCAGCUUCGCCUGUUCUACGCCAAGAAGAAGUACCUGCCCCUCGACCUGCGACCCAAGUUGACCCGCUCCAUCCGCCGCCGGCUUUCGAAGAAGGACGCCAGCAGGGUCACAGAGAAACAGAAGAAGAGACUGACGCACUUCCCCGCGAGGAAGUAUGCUGUGAAGGCCGAGUAA